CUACUACCCCCACCUUGCCGGGAAGCUGCAACUGCACACUCGCCGCCGCCGCCAUGUCCAUCCACCUCCGCGCCCACGCCUUCGCGGCGAGCCCUCUGCGCGGCCUCUCCGCCUCCACCGCCGCCGUCUCCCCGUCGGCCGCGGCCGACGCCCUCCGCUCCCUCCUCGACGCGGGGGCCGGGGCAGCCGACGCCGCGCACCCGCACCCGCACCCGCACCUCUCCAAGAUCCUCCCCUUCCGCCGCGGCCGCCCCCUCGCGCGCUCCUACGACUCUCCUCCUCCCCCCGCUGCCGCGGCCGCGGCGCCGCCGCCUCCUCCCGCCUGGCGCCUCGCGUGGCUCCCGCCCGCGCGCGUCCCCGACGUGCCCUCGGACGCCUUCGUGUUCCUGGGCGCGCACGGCGAGGAGGAGGGGAAGGAGGCCGCGGCGUACUGGGCCGUCGAUGUGAGCGAGCGCGACGGGGAGGGCGCCGGGGAUGGGUCGGCGUUUGUGGAUUUGAGGACGCUCAUGGUGGCCACGGACUGGAGGGACAAGGACGCCAUGGGAGACCUCGCCAUCGCGGGCCACGCUCGGGCGCUGCUAGAAUGGCAUAGCACAGCAAAAUUCUGCGGAGCUUGUGGAUCAAGGGCUGUUCCUGCUGAAGCCGGAAGACGGAAGCAGUGCAGCAAUGAAUCCUGCAAGAAGAGGAUAUACCCUCGAGUUGAUCCCGUUGUGAUUAUGUUGGUCAUAGAUAAGGAAAACGAUCGUGCGCUCUUAAGCCGCCAGUCGAGAUUUGUGCCUCGAAUGUGGAGCUGUCUUGCUGGUUUUAUAGAGCCAGGAGAAAGCUUGGAAGAGGCAGUGAGAAGGGAAACGUGGGAAGAGACUGGUAUUCAAGUUGGGGAAGUCAUUUAUCACAGUUCUCAACCGUGGCCUGUUGGGCCGAGUACUAUGCCAUGCCAACUGAUGGUGGGAUUCUUUGCUUACGCUAAAUCAUUGGAGAUACAUGUUGACAAGAAAGAGCUUGAAGAUGCCCAAUGGCACAGCCGUGAGGAUGUCAAGAAAGCACUAACAUUUGCAGAAUACGAGAAAGCUCAGAGAACAAAUGCGCUCAAGGUCAAUCAAAUAUGCAAGGGUGUUGAGAAAAGGCAGAGCAUCUCUGCUGACCUCAAAAUCGAAAGUGAGGAGCCUGCUCCAAUGUUCGUUCCUGGGCCCUAUGCGAUUGCUCACCACCUCAUAUCAUCAUGGGCUUUUGAAGGAGCACCAAAGGCACCUAGCUCCUUCUCCAACCUAUGAGCCUUGAUCCUGUUAUUCAUUUUCACUAAACAACACAACAACAGGAGAUAGGGAAUAAAAAAUUUUAGUCCCAUGUAUCAUGUAUGCCUUAGUUUCUUGUUAGUGUAGAUGUGAAAUGUGUCCAUUGCCGGUUGUAAUAAAAGGUUAAGAAAAGUACAUCACGUUCACUGGAGGAUUUGGGGGGAGUACAGAUUACAGAGCAAGUGUAAUAUUUUAGCAUACAAUUUGUAACAGUGUAUAGAUGCAGCACAGAUGUGCUGAUGUUUGUAUCUUCCAUAUUCAAAGAGCUGGCAUCAAGUGUGAAAUUUUGCCAGGUUUGUUACAAGUUGAGGACAAUCUUUUACAUGUUGACUGGUAUAGUUCUGCUUGGAGAAAACUGGAAUAUUCAAGUUAAUUUUCCACA